GUCGAAGUUGAUGUCAUUGUGUCCGUGAAGGCAACACAGCCAGUAGUCGGCUCUCUGCUUCCACUAUGGCGGCCGCGACUCGCGGAGGAGGACAACUUCUACAUUACGACCAGGAAACUGCACCGCGGCUACACCGAUAAGUUGGCCACGCGAGCCGGAGAAGCGCAUGACAGCGCGGUUCGGUGGGCCCGCGCCGGGGAUUUUCCGUGUAUCCGCGCAGGGGGGGCGACGAAGAAGAAACUCCCCCUUGCCUCUUCUUUUUCCGCCGACUGUCACUUAGCCGGUUAGCUGCUAAAGGCUAAGGCGGCUCAACGAGUGGCGAGUGGCCGAACAACCGGGUUUAUCGCCUUGUGAGGGCGACUAAAAUGGCAUUUGGCUCCCAUUUGGUAAGCGAACUGGUCGAGAAGGGUGCGCGAAGAGCGUUCCGGGGCCCGGGCGAUAAGUUUGUGUGCACUCAUUAGCAGCCUAGCCGUGUUAGCCAAUUAGCAUCCCCCCCUGUAGUUUACACUGCUAAUCCCGACUCGGGAGUGUUUUCGUAUUAAUUCAAGGAGAGGACGGGAGUGAUUUACCCUUUCAACCUGCCUCGUUUUGACACCUAAACUCAGUUUUUUUUUGGUGUUUAUUUUGUAGUUUUUCCCCUGAAGGAGCGCUAAUGGCAAAUGUUCCUUUACUUACGUAUGGAUAAAAUAAACAAAAAAUGAGUGAACGUAUGGACAGUUGAUGGUGAAAAUAGGCACCUUGACGGUGUAUUGACUUUUCCUUAGGUUUAUGACCACCACACGAAAGUAAUCAAGCUCAGCUUCAGGACUGGAAUAGUUUGAUGGACGUUGGGGGCUGUUUGCCAGACUGUCCCUAUAAUACUCAGUCAUGUAUGUCCUGACACAUGGCACCCCUCACCCAACUGUCGUCAAGUACAUGGACAAGUUUUCUACCUGAGCCGUGCAAAGUGGAUGAUGUUCAUUAGUUAGUGCCUCACCACCCUCCCUAAAAAACAAAAUCGAACCAACACCGAAAACUAACCACUCGCCCGUAAACAUUCGCCGGACCAUUGGUUUGGGGGAUUGGACCGCGACGCCUGCCACUCUGGAGCAAGAAAACCUGCCCCUCGUGUCCGGUUGGAGUAACACUCUCAAGCCAAAAUCAAUGCCUUCAGCGCUGGCCGUGUUCGCCUGCCGACCCAACUCGCACCCGUUCCAGGAGAGGCAUGUAUACCUGGAUGAGCCCGUCAAGAUCGGCCGGUCGGUGGCUCGCUGCCGUCCGGCGCAGAACAACGCCACCUUUGACUGCAAGGUGCUUUCGAGGAACCACGCCUUGGUCUGGUUCGACCACAAGACUGGCAAGUUCUACCUGCAGGACACUAAAAGCAGCAAUGGCACCUUCAUAAACAGCCAGCGGUUGAGUCGGGGCUCGGAGGAGAGCCCCCCUUGCGAAGUCCUCUCGGGUGACAUCAUCCAGUUUGGCGUGGACGUCACCGAGAACACGCGCAAAGUCACACAUGGCUGCAUCGUGUCAACCAUCAAACUCUUCCUGCCCGACGGGAUGGAGGCACGGCGACGAAGCGAUGUUAUCCAGGCUCCGCUACCAUUGCCUGUAGACAAGGUUGCAGCCAACACUCCCAGUAUGUAUUCUCAGGAACUGUUCCAGCUCUCCCAGUAUCUACAGGAGGCCUUACACCGAGAGCAGAUGCUGGAGCAGAAGUUAGCUACGCUACAGCGUCUGCUCACCACCACUCAGGAGGCGUCGGAGAGCAGUUGGCAGGCCCUGAUUGACGAAGACCGUCUGCUGUCCAGAUUGGAGGUGAUGGGCAGUCAGUUGCAGGCUUACUCUAAGUCUCAGACUGAGGACGGGAUUCGUAAGGAGCUGCUGGCCCUGCAGGAGGACAAACACAACUACGAGACCACUGCCAAGGAAUCUCUCCGGAGAGUCCUGCAGGAGAAGAUCGAGGUGGUCAGGAAGCUUUCGGAAGUGGAGCGUUCGCUCAGCAACACGGAGGACGAGUGCACCCACCUGAAGGAAAUGUCCGAGCGCGGCCAGGAGGAACUGAGAGAGCUGGCCAACAAGUACAACGCCGCCGUCAACGAGAUUAAAGAACUCACCGACAAGAUCAAAGCGGCGGAGGGACGGCAAGAGGAGCUGACGCAGCGGGGGGCGGCGGAGAAGCGCGAGCUGGAGCUGCGUAUCGAGGUGAUGGAGGAGAAAGAGCAGGUUCUCCAGGCGCGUAUCGAAGCGCUGCAGGCCGAUAACGACUUCACCAAUGAGAGGCUCGCUGCCCUGCAAGUGCGUUUAGAGCAGCUCCAGGAGAAAAGCGUUAAGGAAAACAACAGCCUGGAUGAAAAGGAGGCAUCCCCUGCGGUGGCAGUAGAGGUCCGGCCCGCCGAGGAAGAGCCGAAACCGCGAUCGCCCGAGAACAGAGUUGAAGAGGAAGAUGAAGAGGAUGACGAUACGGACACUGACGACGGUGCAGUUGGAGGAGAUGUGGAUGACAACUGUCACGUUAACAACAGCGGAGGAGAUACCACUCGAAUCCAACAGUUGAUCGAAUGUCCGCCAGUGAAACAGCUAAAGGAAGCCGUCAGUUCGUCCAUCCACAAACUGGCCAACUUUGAUGACGCCCACCUACAGAACAACCAGACGGCGGAAGAUGACAUCCUGACCAGCCCGGAUAGACUUAAAGGAAACCAAAUGGAUGCCAAAGAGUCAGACAUGUCGGAUACGCUUAGUCCCAGCAAAGACCGAAGCAGUGACGACACUUCAGACGGAAACAUGGACGACCAGGAGCUCAAUGAACCGCUCAACAGAGUAGCUCUUCUCAAAGCCGAGUUGCAUCGAGCCGGCUUGGAGCCCGGCGACACGGAGCAGGUCAUCCACCAUCUCCACAGGGAGCUUCUGGAGGCCCAGGAAUUAGCUAACACUGGCAAACAGAAAUGUCUGGAGCUUCAAGCUCUGCUUGAAGAAGAGAGGCGGAAUAACUCGCAACAGACGGAGGAGUCCACAAAACAGAUCCAGUACCUGCAGACUCAGCUCGGGAAGCUGCAGGCCGACAUGGAGGCUCUGAGAGAGCAGAGGGAGAACACCAUCUGUAGCACCAGAGAAGACCUCUACUCGGCACAGGAGGAGAUCCUGGUCCUGCGGCAUGCCGUGGAAGCGGCCACGGCCGAGCGAGAGAGGGACAUCGUCGCCUUGCAGGACGAGCUGAGCGGCGUCCGGAGCGAGCUGGAUCGAUGGCGGAGCGCCGCCGCCAAGUACGAGGAGGAGAUCGGACGGCUGCAGGAGGACUUUGCGCGCCAGCAGCUGCAGCGCAACAACGCCAGUCAACUGCAGGUUGAAUGUGUGGCACUGCAGCAACGAUGCACGUCGUUGCAGCAGGACUGUGAUGGCCUGAGGGAGGAGAGGACUACUCUUACCGACAAAUUGCACCGUCUAGAGGCCGAAUUGUGCAGCACCAAGGCUCAAAGUCUGGUCCUCAGCAGCAAUUUGGAGUCCUUGGAGAAGCGGGAAGAAGUUCUCCAAGGCAAGCUGGGCUCACUGGAGGACCGGCACCUGCAGGACGAGAGCCGGCUAAAGAGCCAGCUGGACCGGGCCCAGGACCGCACGCACUCCCUGCAAAAAGAGUACGAAGACACGCAAUCGCAGCUGUUGGACCUUCGGCAAUGCUACGAGAGGACUGAGCGGGAGAAGAGCAGCAUCCACCAGGAGUUGGAGCAGUGCAGGAACAACCUCAAGCUGCUGCAAGACAAGAACGGCUCUCCAUCCAUACUGCAGCCUGUCCAAGCCAUAUUCAUGGGUCUUGUCCUGGCUCUGCUCUACUGGUGUUUCGGCCAGUUGUGGUAGAAAAGGGCGGCUGGAGCCCGUGGAUGCCGCUCAUCGCAGUGAUGGUCGCCGUGACGGCAGCCAUCAUCUACCCCAACCUCUCCAAGAGCAGCUCGGCCUGACGCGCACAAACACACACAAAAACAUACAAAGACAAGAGCAUGGGCACACACACUCACACACACUCGCGCGUUUCGGUGAGGCGUGCGCCACCGCUUUGCUUGUAUAAAGUCAAAUUGUACAUAAUUGUAGAGGGAAUUAUCAAAAGGUUGUGGUUUCUCAAGAUUUAUUUUGUCCAGCGGCGGGAAGUGUAGUUUAUUUUUUGUUUUGGUCGUUUUUAAUGAUUCGUGCUCUCUUCUUAAGUUGCGGUGGUUUGUCUUUGUUCAUUUUUUAAGGGGGUCAAAAUGCCGUCGAGCAGAACGAGCGUUCACAAAGUAGUCGCAGAGGGUCAUGUUUUGUCGAUGUUCGGCCAUUAACUUAUUUGUGUGUGUUCUGUCAGCUAACGCCAAAAACGCCCCUGGCACACAAAAACGUUGUUUUGCAGAGAAACUAAGCAAAAAUCAAGAUUGUGCGAUGGAAUAAGUGUGGUUACAAACAUGUUAUGCCCCAAAAAAUAUUGAAGCGUAUUGAUGACACACUAAAUAAAAAAGUCUAGUAUCACUAGUUUUUACUUACAUAAGUAUCACGUGAUAUCUAUACACUAUAUAUAGAUAUAAUUUAAAAUGAUGUAAAAUUGUAAUAGUAGUAAAAACAUGAUCAAUAUCAUGCAAAAAUAUUAUAAUCAUAUUUUUAUAUUGUAUCUAAAAGAAAUGUUAUCAGGUUUUUACAUGUUACCUUUUUUGCAGAAGUAGCACGUAAAAAUAUGAUAAUGGUCACUUUUUUUUAAUAUAUGUAAAAAUGUGAUACUUUUUCUAAAAUUUAAAAUGAUGUAAAUUUGUAAUGUGUAAAAAAGAUUAUCAUGCAAAAACAUAAUGAUCACAUUUUUAAUAUAACGUGAAAAAAUGACCAUCAGGUUUUUACAUACCUGUUUUUACAUAAGCAUCAUGUAAAAAUGUAAUGGUCACUUUUUCAUAUAUUGUGAAAAUUUGAUAAUUUUUAAAAUUAUAAUGGAUUGCAAUAGUUUUGUAAAAACGUUUUCAUGCAAUAAUAUGAUCACGUUUCUACAUAAUGGUAGUUAAUAAAAAAUGAUCGUUAUCAGGUUUUUUACAUGAUAGUUAUCUGUUCUUACAUGAUAAAUAUCGUGAAAAAAAUAUAAUGGUCACUUUCUGUAUACUAUCAAGUAAAAAUUUAAUUUUUUGAGGACAUUUAAAAUGAUGUCAAAUCAUAAAGAAUGAUUGUUAUCAGGUUUUUACAUUAUAGUCACCUGUUUUUAUGACAUGAUUAGAAUAAUGUCAAAAUACUAUAAUGGUCACUUAUAUAUAUACUAUCACGAAAAAAAUUGAUUAUAUAUAUUUUAAAUUUCAAAUGAUGCUGUAAAAUUGUAAUAAUGUAAAAAUGUGAUCAUUAUCAGAAUAUGUAAAAAAAAUACAUACCUUUUUUCCCCCACGAUAUGUACGUAAAAAUGUCAUAACGGUUACUUUUUUAUUUAUACACUAACGUGAAAUUAUCAUUAUAUACAUAUAUUUUUUAUUUCAAAAUUAUGUUAAAUCAUGAUACUUAUGUAAUAACAUGAUUAUUAUCAUGUAAAAAACGAUCAUUUUUUUGCAUACAAUUGAAAGGUAAUCAUUCUCAUGUUUUUGCAUAAUGAUCAUGCAAGAGCAUGAAUGAUCCCAUUUUUGCAUGAUAAUGAUCAUCGUAAUCAAGUUUUUGCGUAAAAACCUGAAAACAUGAUCAUUAUCAUGUAAACACCUAAUCUUUUUUUUUUACAUACAAUUGUGUAAAAACAUGAUCAUUCUCGUGUUUUUGCAUAACAACGAUCAUGCAAGAACAUGUAAAUGAUCCGAUUUUUGCAUGAUAAUGAUCAUCAUAAUCAAGUCUUGCGUAAAAACUUGAUUAUCACUUUUUAUGCUAUGAGGUAAAAACGUGAUCAUUCUCACAUUUUUGCCUGAUAAUGAUCAUGCAAGAACAUUAGAAUGAUCCCGUUUUUGCAUGAUAAUGAUCAAGCAGAAACAUGAGAAUGAUCAUUUUUACGUCAUAGUAUGAAAAAAUGCGAUCAUCAGACAUUUACACAAAAAUCUUCAAGAUUACAUUUUUACAUAAUAUUAAUUACACAAAAAUGUAAGCAUGAUCAGGUUUUUACAUGGUAGUGAUCAAUUUUCUACAUCAAUGUGAUUUUUUUUUACAUGAUAGUAUCAUGUAAAAACUUCAUACUAGACUUUUAGUGUGGCAGCAAUAUGCUACUGCAAAAUAUUCAAGCAACAAAAUAUCCUUGUUAGCCACCUUUAAUGUUUUCACCAAAUGUUAUUGCUGUCCACUAAAAUACAAAAUGUUGGUGCUUAAAGGUUUUUGGGGGAAUGCUAAUAGAAACUUUGACUUUUUUUUUUCAUUUUCUGUUCUAUCUGCUAGCAUUGUCAACUUUUAUCUAAGACCAAAAAGUUGUUUCACAUAAAAGAUGAAUAAUUUUCUUAUGUGGUAGCCACAAAAAUUAGCUUAAGAAAAUAAAUAAAAAGUUUAAAAUUCUAUACCCGUUUUGCCACUGGUGUUUCCGGUCACAAUUUAUCCACUAAAAUGCUAACUCAUUCUUUUAGCUAGCUAGUUUGGUUGUUUGUGUCACCACCCCAAAAAAUAGUUUUAGGCAGCCACCAGCAAUUUUACCACCAUUAACGCUGUUCUCAAAAGAAAAAAAGUUUUGGUGCAUUUUGUAUAUCCUGCUUGAUAAAGGGAUUUAAGAUGCUAACAGAAAUGCUAAUACCUAAACAUGGUGUUAAAAAAGCAAUUGCAGUGGUCAUUUUUGUUGGACAGCAACAACACAAUACAAUGAGAGUUUGGGAUUGGUUCAAAAAUUUUUGGUAGCAUGUUUUUGGUUGCUAACACAUUAGCCGAUAGCAAAAACACUGUCAUUUUGUGGAAGCGCGAUUCUGCUCUAAUGACGGCUAAAAUGGCCGCCUGUCUUUUUUUUUUUUUUUUUUUUUUUUUUUCUUUUCUUUGUGAGGGAGCAGUGGGAUGUUUUGAAACUUGAAGCCAAAUCAAAUAUGGUAAAAAGUAUUUUUUGUUAACUUUAAGGGCACACAAAAAGGGGGGUCAAAGUGCCUCUCACACCGCAAUUUUUGUGUAUGUACACACAACCUCGCACGCACACUUGACGUUCACUCGGUCAACUUUUUUGAUAACUUCCAUGUCGAGUUUGUCGAUUUACCAUCAAGUUUAUCAACUCUCUGUCUGCCCCGUCUUCAUAUUCACGCCGAUUUAUACGUCAACUUCCUGCCAACGUCACAGUAACUACGUCGACUUGAUUGCAACUUUGUAACAACUUCCUGUUCACUUUCAAGUUUGUGAACUUUGUCGGAUUACGUCGUACUUUGUCAACUGAACUUCUUGUCACUUUUACAUGAGAAUGUUCAACUUGCUGCCAGCUUUACGUCAACUUUUCUGUCAAAUUACCGUCAUGUCAACUUUGGUCAACUUGUUGUGAGGUUUUACUGUUUCCUGUCAGGUUUGUCAACUUCCUGUCGAUUAGACGGCAACAAAUUUCAUGCUAAUUUUUUCAGUUUCAUGGCAUUUUUAAAUUAUGGCAACUUGUUGCUUGGUUUUGCUGUUUCCUGUCAGGUUUGUCAACUUCCUGUCAAUUUUGUUGCUAAUGUUUAAGAUCUGGGACAAUUUCAUGAUUUUUUUUUUUUUUGGUGUAAUGGCGUAAUCAACUGUUGGCCAAGUGACGUCAACUUUUUUUUGUCAAAAAUGCUUUCAAAUUACAGUCAUGUUAACUUUGGUCAACUUGUUGACAGGUUUUACUUUAUCCUGUCAGGUUUGUCAACUACCUGUCGAUUUUGACGCCAACAAUUUUCAUGCUAUUUUGUUUCAUGGCAUGUUUUUUAAACUUUGGCAACUUGUUGCCACGUUUUGCCAUUCCCUGUCAGAUUUGGCAAAUUCCUGUCAAUUUUGUUGCGGGAUAAUUUCAUGCAUUUUUUUUGUUUAAUGGCUUAUUCAACUUGUGGCCAAGUGACGUAAACUUUUUUUGGUCAAGAAUGCUUUCAAAUUACUGUCAUGUCAACUUUAGUCAAUUAAUUGCCAGGUUUUACUGUUUCCUGUCAGGUUUGUCAACUUCCUGUCGAUUUGACGCAAACAAAUGUCAUGCUAAUUUUUUCAAUUUCAUGGCAUGUUUUUGGCAACAUGUUGCAGGUUUGUCAAUUCCUGUCAAAUUCCUGUCAAUUUUGUUGCCAAUAUUUGACAACAUUUGGGACAAUUUCAUGUUUUUUUUUUUUUUUUUUUUUUUUUUUUUUUUUUUUU